UGACACCUUCAUCAACGAUCGGGAUCUUCCUUCCAACAGCGUAACCUCCCCUCACUCCCUCCACGCAAGCGCACUGUUGCCAUGGCAGCCGCAGUAAACAUGUCGGAGCUCCUCCCCUCCGCCACCUUCCCCUCCCCCGUGGAUGGCUCGAUCCGGGGCCUGGAGGCAGAGAGGCAGGUUUUCGUCAUCGUUCUAGAAGCUCUGGCGCUCCUCGUCCUCUGGGUCUUCUCCCUUCUCGGGAACACCUUGGUGGUUCUGGUCAUCAUCAGGAGCCGGCGAGUCCAGUCCACGACCAACUUCUUCGUCAUGAGCCUCGCCUGCAGUGACGUGGUUCUCGUCUUGCUCUCCGCGCCUUUCAUUUGCGUGCGCGUCAUCCUGCAGAUGUGGGCGCCCGGCAACUUCCUGUGCCGGAUGGUGCGCUUCGUUCAGUUCACCUCCAUGUCCAGCACCACCUUCGUCCUCGUCGCCAUCUGCAUCGACCGGUUCUACACCAUUAUCUACCCGCUCAGCUUCAAAAUCACGCGCGGGACAGCCAAGAGAAUGGUGGUCACGGCUUGGGGGGCGUCGGCUCUCAUCUCCUCCUUCUGUGUCUACUUCUUCGACCAGGUGAUCGUGCGGGCGUCUGUGAACGUAACCAGCACCCGUUUUGUGUGUCCGACGUACGUGCCGGCUUCCCAUUGGUCGGGCGUGUUGUACGCCGGCCUGUGUAUGACGACCCAGUACCUGCUGCCAGCCAUCGCUGUAAUCGUUGGAUAUUGUAAAAUAUUUCUGUACAUCCGAGCUAUGAGGCAACAAGUGCAGUGCUCGAGACUCUCCUCAAGCUUCAACAUUGUGCCCAGGACAAAAGUACAGAUGGUCAAAAUGUUAUUUACCAUCACCGUUUUGACGAUGCUGCUCUACCUCCCUUUCUACGGGUCCCACAUCGUGUACUGCAUUUCUUACAAAUCUUACUUCAGCGCUGACGUUUUCAUUUCCUCGUACUGGCUCAUCGCAGCGUCCACCGCCAUGAAGCCAAUCGUCUACGCGUGUCAGAACAGCAACUUCUGGAGAGGCUGCAAGGAGGUGUUGUGUAUGUCCACCAUGAGAUGCUACCGCUUCAACGUCUACGCCGUCACCAACGCUUCCACCAUCAGCAAGAGGAACUACGUCGGGGUGAUGGAUGUACAAGCGGAGCAAGGACUCAGGGAGAACGAGUCCCCGAUGGAGGCCUUCAACAGACACAAGCAGGGGGCGCUCACCUCUUGGUCCAUUCAUGGGAACCUCCCGUCCACUUCCUUCUGAUUGUUGUUGUUGUUUUGUUAUUGUUGGUGAUGUUGUUUUUUGUUUCA